UUAGCCUAUAUAUUUUACUAUUCACCAUUUUUACUUAUAAUUAUCUUUUCUUCAUGCUAUUAUUUCUCUGACUACGUUCAGGAAAGGGGCAAUGUUAGGCCUUGGGACACCCACAUGUGGGGCAUACCAGUCACUUUGUGAGCUCAAGGUCCAUGACAUCCCCCAGCUGCAGCGCUCUAUGAGCUUGCCACUUAUAUUCGAUGGCAAAGUGGAGAGGUCCCAACAUCCCUCCCUUGCUCCUUCUCGUUCCCCUUCCUGCCAGUCCAUUGUGACUGCAUCCCUGUGCACUGAUGCCGUCCCCGUCGUGCCUGUGUGCACAUGCCGGUGCUACCGAAAGCCCAUCUCUGCCCUUUAUCCAACUUUGGGCUGGGCCAUCACCCCCCUGGAUAUGGAUGACCGGGAGAGCGAGAUCAGCAUCAGGGAGAGAAUCAAAAAGCACACAGACAAAGAGAUGCUGUUCCUGCAGGAGGGGAGCUUGAGGAAAGCACUGAAACAUGGACGCCUAAAGGAAAUGCACGAGGGGAGGCUGGCUGAGCUGAUCAGGGAGAGGCUGGAGGGGCACAGGGUGAGAGCUUGGAGGGCAAGAUACAGAUGGAAAUGGCAGGUGCGGCAGAUGUGGAGGACAACUUGGAGGCAGGAAACGAGGAGGCGGGAGAACGAGAGGAAGAGAGAGGAGAAGGAGAGGAAGAGAGAGGAGAAGGAGAGGAAGAGAGAGGAGAAUGAGAGGAAGAAAGAUGAGAAGGAGAAGAGGCGUCAGGAGAGAAAGGCAGCGCCUAGCAGGUGGAGGAGAGUUUUGGGCGUCGUCUGUGAGGUGUUGACCUGCUGCAAGCGGAGAGAGGAGGAGAGAGAUGAGGGAGAGCAGCAGCAGGAGGAGGAGGAGAGAUGAGGGAGAG